AAUAUGGCCUACCUCUCGGUGUCUACCCACCUUGUUGCAGGACAUGGGAUGCAACGCUUCAUCGUGAGCUACAAGAACCUAGCAUGUGUCGUCCGCGAAAUCAGCGUAAAUGACCAAGGCAUAUCGCCCCAUCGAAUUUUUCGACCAGAUCUGGCAGCACGAGCAGUUCAGCCGCGAAGCCCUCUAUCCUGCCCACCAGAUCUGUCGCUGCACGCGAUUUGCUGAUGUUUAUGGUAGACCUGUGGGGAAAUCACUUCGUGGUACUGAGUAUUCGAAGGUCUGGAAAGAUUGUAUGGAAUGUGCUCCUGCAUCUAGUCAAACUGGUGCAGCAGAGGCUAUCAAAGGUCUGCAGAGCCGACCGUUGACCUCGAAAUUAUGGAAGUACGCAGAUGUCGAUACGAAGACAGCCAACUUAUCGAGGCCCACAAAUUUUACGAUGGAACCUAUAGUGGUGGAAAAAUGUCCAUCUAUUAUUAAACACAAAGCUUCAGUCUAUAUUUGAGCCCACUAGUCUCUCAUCCGGGUCAUAUUCCAUGUACCAAUAUUCGGUUGCGAAUCCUCAGUGCCUACG